GUGUGUGUGUGUGCAUACAAGCAUGUGUGUGCUUGUAAGUGUGUGUGUGUGUGUGUAUAUGUAUUAUCAGAGAGGCUGUUUUCUGCCAAGCGAGACCAAUCAUUUGACUUGAUUCGGUAUUUGAAAGCUGCCGUUGUGGAGCAAUGCGAGCAAGCCCACCAUUAGGGGCCAAUAUAUUUCCAAAACAAUUUCGCCUAUUCAUGUUACGCAAAUGUGGAGGCUGCCGCAAAUGACCGUAAUCAAUUGAAACGGGGAGCAGGCAUCUGUCCCCUCUGAUUAUCUGGAGAUCAUCUAUCAGUUUGAUGUGUUUGGAACGAGGCGAGGGGCCACUCCAUCGGUGCAGAGCUUUUUCUCCCGUAACUCCAUGAUCAUUGGCAAGUGACUCGGGCUAGCAGUGACGGGGAGGAGGGGGCGCCGAGGCUGCCUCCCCCGCAUCAUUAGCUUGCUGACUUCAGCGGGGGCAACGCGCUGUUUUACCAAAAGGACAAAAACACGGACAUUACCCCGAGACGCCGAAAACAAGACAAUAUUCUCCAUUCACCCGUUUUUUGCCCCCGCAUUCCGGAGAGGUCGAGACGAAAGGGCGGAACACGAGGCAGACGAUCUGAGAUCAUGGAGGUCCACUACAACCAGGACCCCGAGCCGGCCGCGAUGCUGAAGAACGGACUCAAGGACGGGAAGGAGAGCAAGGACUCGCAGGGCAAGAUCUCCAAAACCUUCCUGAAGGAGCCCCCAGAGUCCUUCUCCCCAUCCAGUGGUACCGACGCCUGUGAGAAGAACCGCUCGAGCACCGGGGACCCUGACUACUGCAGGCGCAUAUUAGUGCGAGAUGCCAAAGGGUCGAUCCGAGAGAUUAUUCUGCCGAAAGGUCUGGACCUGGACCGGCCCAAGCGCACCAGGACCUCCUUCACGGCCGAGCAGCUCUACAGGCUGGAGAUGGAGUUCCAACGCUGCCAGUACGUGGUGGGGAGGGAGCGGACCGAGCUCGCACGACAGCUCAACCUGUCAGAAACUCAGGUAAAGGUGUGGUUUCAGAACCGGCGCACCAAGCAGAAGAAGGACCAGGGCAAGGACACGGAGCUGCGGUCGGUGGUGUCGGAGACGGCGGCCACAUGCAGCGUCCUGCGUCUGCUGGAACAGGGCCGGCUGCUGACCAACCCGGGGCUGCUGCCGUCGCACUGCGGCUCCGCGCUGCGCGGGCCCUCCAUGGGCCUGGGGGUCGGGGUCGGGGUCGGGGUCGGGGUCAGCGUCUCCACGGCAACCGGCGGCAGCGGGUCCGGCGGGUCCAGCGGGUCCAGCUCCGGGUCCAGCAGUGCGGGCACCACGGUCAGUGCCAGUCCUCCGCUGCCCCCCGUCACCAGCGCUGGAGCCUCCGCUGCCGCCUCGGGCAUGCAGAGCUCGCCCCCCGGGGGGCACCACCCCCACCACCCCGCGCACCCCCACCCCGGCAUCUUCAGCUUCCCCAUGCCCUCUCUGCUGGGCACGGUGGCCGGACGCAUCUCCUCCACGCCGCUGGCCAUGGCCGGCUCGCUGGCCGGCAACCUGCAGGAACUCUCCGCCCGCUACCUGAGCUCCUCCGCGUUUGAACCCUACUCCCGGACCAACGGCAAAGAGCCGCUGGACAAGAAGGCUCUGGAAUGAUGCGGAAUCAUUCUUAAUGUCGCUGUAUUGUUUUUUUUAUGAUUAUUAUGGGCUGUUUUUUGAAGUUAAGGGGUGGGUGUGGUUUUUUUUCUAUCUCUCUCUGUGAAUCCCACUUCUGUGUCCUGUUUGUGAUGUGAUUGUCAUUCUUGUACUCCUCUCUUUGCACACACACAUAGCAAUGCCCGUCUGACGGACACACACACACACACAUGCACACACACACACCACAUACACACACACACACGCACGCACACACACACACACACACACACACACACACACACACACACACACACACUCAAGCUACAAGCUCCGCUGAUUUGUCGUCAAUAGAACCGGGUGGUUUUGCACUGAAAUCAGCUUUACCUCCUGAUGUGAUGUUCACGGACCCUGGCAUGAACCUACGGGUCUGGCCCGGGACUGGCCAUUCUGUCCUAGAUUAGGAACACAAUCGUUCCCCGGUCAGCUGCCGUCUCAAUCCAUUCAGGGGGGUCAGCUGCGUUUUAGCCAUUCCACCUGAACACACACACAGUCUUCGUGCCUCCUCCACCUCCUGAGGAAGGAGCGGUCCAUGGUGAUGACGUUGAAAACACACCGAGCGGACAAGAGACUACUCAUUUCAUUGAGCCCUCUGUACACAGACACAUGACUGAGGUUCUGCAGUGUAUUGAUGUGAUAUCACCAUGACUAUUUAGUUUGGAAAAUCGUCACAAAAAAUGAGUAUUAAUCAUGGAUACUAUGGCAGUCUAGAGGAGGUAACACAUAUGAAAUGUGUUGACUAUUUCAGUACGGUGUCAAAGUAGGAAUAAAAACUGACAGUAAACAGCAUUUGAAUGUUGACAAAUUUACUGAACAGAUUGCAAUAUUACCAUGACUUAAACUUAUAAAAAAAAAUGUUUUGUUUCCUAGUUUGAAGUGAUUUUAAUAUUUUGGACAGAAACCAAACAAAAGCUCAUGGAAGAUGAACUGUUCUGUGUCUAUUGUCUGCAAAAUGCUUUUCUCAUCUGGGGUCCUGGCCAUUGUCCGUUCUUCAUGUCCAGUCCGGAGCGUGCGAGCCUCCGUGUUUUUAAAUAUGCAGUAGUCCUCCUCUCUCUCAAAUGGUCGGUGUGGUGUCCAUGUGCUCAGGACCCACGGUCCCCUCGAUGCGGCCGAAGGCAAAGCAAUCCAGGAGCGCUGUGGAGUUGGGAGAGAUGUGGUGGACAGCACUGCUCACGGACUCUUACGGGUUACGGACGCAUCUCAUUUUACCGUGAAAUGACCAGUGCUUCAGCGGCACCCGUGUGGAAGGUCUGAAACAUUUCUUUCCUUCUGGACAUCCCCAUCGCCACUUCAGACCUGUGACG